AUGGCGGCGGCGGCGCCGCACGUGCUGCUGUACUUCGAUGUGAACAAGACUGUGAUCAUGCACGACCCCGUGCAGGGCAAGACGCUGCUACAUAUUCUCAACGACUUGCUGACGGAGCGGGCCUUGGGGCGAGUGGUGGACGCCCCCGAUGGAGACACGAAGUGGGUCUGGGACGGGGAGAAGGCGCUGCAAACAGCUACGGAGACGAGGGCUGGUACGGACGGCCUCGUGUCGUAUGGAUCGUUUCUAAGGGCCAAGUUCCCCUUGUCGGGAGACCCGCAGGUUGCCAAGCACAACAAGCGCAUGAGGAAGGUGCUGCGUCAAGAUUUCACGGCGAAAGGAAACCCGGGGGAGGGACUGGCAAGUGAACACGGAGAGCUGCUGCAACACUUGCUGCUGCCUGAUACGGCGGCGACUGAGGUACAGCUGGGACAAGUGGGGCUGCAAGAGUCCCCCUACUGCUUCAUUGUGCCAGCUUUCUUCAGGCUGAUGGAGUAUUUGCAGACGAACGACGUGAAGUUCAACCUCAUUUUCCGGACCUAUGGAAAUGACCUCCAUCGCGUGGCGCAAGAGUUCAACUGCUUUUGUGAAGGGCGCCAUCCGUGCUUUCCACUGGAGAAAGCUAUGGAUGGAUCGGAUGAAGGAAUCGACCGACGGAUUCAUCUUCAUCAAGAAUCAGACGGAGAAAUGCCGAGGUUUGGGACGUUCUUGCGAGCAGAAAGCACCACGGCGCUUGUUAUGGGCACCUUCAAGCAGCCCAAAACUGCCGAUGAUGUGGAUCCUUUAGCGUUCUACGCUCCCCAUGGAGAAGAAGUUCAGAUUGUGCAAGGUUUGUCCGAAAUCCACAACCUUCUAGCUCGACGCUGGCGUGAUUCGCAGGCGACACUGGCGCUGCGGGACUUCUACCCGCAUUGGUUCCGCAAUAAGGAAGACGCCACUGCUGGGAAGCUAUUGGUUCUGGAUCCAACCGACGAUGACGAAGGCGUCCACGCCAUGUUCUUCGAUGACAAUAUCCUGGCGCACGACGCACACAUCGUCGAUGCGCGAUUCGCACACAAUGACUUGGCCCUGAGUUUUGAUACAACAAAGGAGCUGUAUCUGUUGCGUGUGGAACCGCUUGACGUCAUACAGAGCGACACAUACUUCAUCCGUCGGUUUGAAACUUCAAUGAAGCGAUGGAGACGGAAACAGCAAUCGUGA